AUAUAUGUAAAUCAUAUUAGGUUUUCGUAGCUUUUAUUUAAAGAAAGAAUACACACUUCUUAUAUUUUAGGUUAAUAUAAUGUUCUUUAGUGGACAUUAAACAAAUUAUGACAUAAAAACCUUAUUUUUUUCAUCGAACACAUUCUUGAAAAAAGUGAACAGUAUUGUUUCCACAGUUGAAUUAUUUUGACUUUUAUCUUCCAUAUGGUUUUAAAAGCUUUCAGACCAACCAUUGAAUUGAUACAUGUCAUUUUAAUGUUUUUAAUCAUAUACUUAAGAAAAACUUACAUUUUUGUAAUUUAAAGUCGUUUUAAAAAAUUCAAAAUAUAACAUAUAAGAAAAAAUCUAACAUAUAAGAAAAAUAUAACAUAUAAGGUGUCCCCAUUUUUGUACUUUAAAGCCGUUUAAAAAAAAUAUAACAUAUAAUGUUUCCUCAUUUUUGUAAUUUAAAGUCAUUUUAAAAAAUUCAAAAUAUAAGAUAUAAGAAAAAAUCUAUUUAUUUUUAUUAUAUGGUUAAUGUGAUUGUUUAAUUUUUUAAAUAAUAUAAAAUUAAACAAAAAUGAAGAAGGAUGCAAAAAUUGUUAUCAAAUCUUUAUUAUUCAUAAUCAUUAAUUGCAUUAUAUAUGUAAAUCAUAUUAGGUAAUUCCGUAGCUUUUAUUUAAGGAAAGAAUAUAUACUUCUUAUAUUUUAUGUUAAUAUAAUGUUCUAUAAUGUUAUAUAAUUAUGGAAAAACGGGACAACUUUAGAUUGAACUAUAUUUUAUAUUAGGUGCUCUAGAAUUCUUAGAAAAUAGAUUUAGAAGGCAUUUAGAUGUGCCACAAAAGCAAUGGGUCUUUUUUAAUUAAUACAAAAUUGAGGUUACAUAUUUUCAAAUGCUUCUCAAUUAAUAUAUAGGGGAUAGUUAGUAGAGGUAGGCUAAUAUGAGUAUUUGCUCGUUCAACUAAGGGAAAACCGGCCAAUCUCAGGCAUACAAGUGUCCCGAUGGUCAGAGACUUUAAUUUAAAUAAAUAAUUAAAUAUUAAUCAUUAGGGUUUGCGUCUCAAGACAUGCAUGCCUAUCACAUCAUUCUUUUUUCUUCGUUUCUAAAAGGAGCCAGUCUAAAAUGUAACUUGCACAAAAGAUUUUUGUUCAAAUUAGGAAAUAAGCAUUGACUAGACUUAUUCUAGUGGAAAUUAAUAAGAAAUUUUCUUUAAAUCUGUUUUAACAAAAGUCUACUUCUAUGAACGAGUCGUAGAAAAAAGGAAAAUAAACAAUCACAAAUAACUGCACCGUAUGUUUUGUGUAUGUAGUUUGAGAUACAUGUACUUACUACUUAGCAUUUGAUCCAAAAAAAACAUGUACUUAGCAUUAUACAUUUUCAAACUUCGACUAAUUCAUUAUUUGUUCAUUUCACUUAUGCUAAAUGUAAUUGCUACCAUUCCCUGUGAAUGUAUCAUGGUUUUAUCUACCUGUAAUUUUUAUUUGAAGGAGUAUGUAAUAUCGUAAUAUUAUAUAUAUAGUCUAAGUCCACAGUUCCCACUUCCCACUAAUAAGAGAAAGAACUCGAAGUUUCUUUCAUUUGAAAUCACAGAUGCAAUUUUGAUACGUCGAUGUCAUACCCACACGCAUACAUUAUGUACAAACACAACACAUGUGUAUGUGUACGACUUUGAUUGGUAUCUGUGGAAUAUUUCCCAAAUACGAUAAUCCUUUAUAUUCAUAUACGUAUCAUGUAUGAUGUAUGUAUGCAAACAUAAAAAAAAGAUAUGCCUUUGAUAAUUACAUCAGCGGAGAGGAGGAGCAUUACGAAUGAUUAUUAUUUUCUUUUAAAAUAAAUCUCUUGAGUAUAUAUCAAAUAUAAUUUGUUGUUCGAUAAAGUUUUGGAUUUGCCUUCUCUGAAUAGUGUGUAAAAUUAAUAGAUUUCAAUAUUAACAGAGCCUAAUCAAGACAAAAUUCACUUCUUACUUUUAAUUGCAAUUUCUUUAUUCAAUAUGGCAGACAAAUUCAAAGUAAGAACUUAAAAAUUGCCUAAUAAAAACAUCUUUUGAUUCCCUGGGCACAAAUCUUCAUGUCAACUUUAAUUUGUUUAUAUAUUUUAUUUCAAUAGAAAAAUUUCCCAUAAAGAAAGAUUCCAAAUUAAAUAAAUCAACCAAUCCAACUUCUUUUAUAAUCCCAAAACCUUAAGAGGAGACAUCCAUUUAAUUUCAUCCUCUUCUCUUUCACUCAAACUCACACAGAAAAAACAUUAGAGUUUUCAUCAGGGUAAACAUCAAUGGAGAUUGCAACAAAACAAGGAGAUUCAAGAAACCCAUCUUCCACUUCUUGUUCAUCAGCUUCCUCAUCUUUACAUCAACACAUCAUAACCAGAUCUGAUCAUUACCCGACAACUUUUGUCCAAGCAGACACUUCCUCUUUCAAACAAGUCGUCCAGAUGCUCACCGGAAGCUCCUCCCCGAGAUCCCCAGACUCGCCGCGUCCUCCGACGACUCCUCCCGGCAAAGGUAACUUCGUGAUUCCACCGAUCAAAACAACACAGCCGAAGAAACACUCAGGAAACAAACUCUACGAGAGGAGAUCUAACAACAACAGUCUCAAGAACAGCCUCAUGAUCAAUACGCUCAUGAUCGGCGGCGGAAACGGUGCCGGAAGCCCGAGAUUCUCGCCGAGAAACCAGGAGAUUCUGUCGCCUAGCUGUCUUGAUUUCCCGAAGCUGGCACUGAACAGUCCCGUGACGCCGCUGAAACACGGCGGCGACGGUAACGACAGCGACACUUUUGACAGGAUGUCGCCAUUGUCGGAGGAAGAGAGAGCGAUCUCGGAAAAAGGGUAUUACUUGCAUCGGUCUCCGAGAGAAUCGGAGCCGCAGCUUCUGCCGUUGUUUCCGGUGACUUCUCCAAGAGUAUCGUCGUCGCCGGAGAAUUAAUCUACUUGAGGAGAGACGAGAAAGAAUGUUAAUAAGUUUUACUGCCACUGUAAUUUUCGUUUUUUUCUUAUCCUGCUCUGCUUUUUAAUCCUCUCGUUUCGUUUUACUGUGUUACCAAGAAUGUGUCAAUUCAAAUUUUAUAGUAUCAAUAAAAUGAAGAAUAUGAGAGAAGUCAAA